AUGGCUGAUCAUGUAGAGAAUUCGGAUCCGAAGGAGGAGUCGUUGUUAGACAAGAUAGCGGGGAGGAUUAACGGCGACGAUUCGUCAGACUCAGAUUCCGAGAAGAAGUCGGCUUCUCCUUCAUCUAGGAAGGCCAAGAUUUACCGGUUGUUCGGCCGGGAAGAACCUGUCCACAAAGUCUUUGGUGGAGGCAAACCUGCUGACGUAUUAUUGUGGAGGAACAAGAAAAUAUCUGCUGCCGUACUUGGUGGGGUAACAGCUGCCUGGGUCCUUUUCGAAUUACUUGACUACCAUUUGCUUACUCUGGUCUGCCACAUUUCAAUUCUUGCCCUCACAGUCUUGUUUUUGUGGUCCAGUGUAUCAACAUUUAUAUACAAGCGUCCUCCACAUAUACCAGAAGUUCACCUUCCGGAGGAUCCAUUUCUUCAGGUUGCUUCAGCUCUUAGGAUUGAGAUCAAUCGUGCCCUUGCUGUGUUAAGGGAAAUUGCAUCUGGCAGGGAUCUCAAGAAGUUCCUUAUGGUUGUGGCUGGCUUGUGGGUUCUAUCAAUUGUGGGCAGCUGGUGCAACUUCUUGACUUUGUUCUAUAUAUUGUUUGUUCUGCUGCAUACACUACCUGUUCUGUAUGAGAAGUAUGAUGACAAAAUCGAUGCAUUUGCAGAGAAAGCAAUGAUUGAGAUUAAGAAGCAGUAUGCAAUUUUAGAUGCAAAAGUUCUUAGCAAAAUUCCCCGAGGACCAUUGAAAGACAAAAAGAGGGCUUAA